AUGGCAAACCAGAAAGCUGAGGAUGAAAUAAAAGAAGAUAGGGUUCACCUGAGACGCAGCAUUAAUCUGGUGUCCGCGGUCUCCUUUAUUAUAGGCAACAUGGUGGGCAGUGGGAUCUUCAUCGCACCCAAAGGAGUGCACAUGAAUACGGGCAGUGUGGGACUCUCUCUGAUCGUCUGGCUGCUCUGUGGUCUCCUCUCUACAUUGGGUGCUUUGUGUUAUGCUGAGUUGGGUACAAGUUUCAAAAAGUCUGGCGGCCAUUACACAUAUUUACUUGAGACCCUUGGGCCACUUCCUGCAUUCCUGAGGCUUUGGUCCGAGUACGUUUUCAUGAGACCUGCAGUGACCGCAUAUGUUUCACUGGCUUUUGGACAUUAUGUCAUAGAACCCUUUUUCACGCCAUGCCCAGCUCCUCUACCACUAAUUAAACUGACUAGUUUUCUUGGAGUGACAUUUUUGAUGGCGAUGAACUGCUGGAGUGUAUCACUGUCCAUUCGUACACAGGUCUUUCUCUUGAUUAUUAAACUCUUUGCUUUGGUUCUGAUCAUUGUCCCAGGAAUUACGGCCCUGGCCAAAGGGCGAACUGAAAACUUCGAGAAUGCAUUUAAUUCUGAGACGCUGACAUUAUCCAAGCUGCCUUUAGCUUUCUACUCAGGUCUUUAUGCCUUCUCUGGAUGGUUUGUAUUAAAUUUUGUGACAGAGGAGGUUAUCAAUCCCAAAAAAAACAUUCCACUGGCCAUCAUUUUGUCCAUGAUCACAGUUAUUAUAUUAUACCUAAUGGUGAACGUGGCUUAUUAUACCAUGAUGACUGAGGACGAGCUGCUGAUAUCCAACGCCGUAGCAGUGACUUUUGCCAGCAAAGUUCUGCCCAUAAUGGCAUCACUGGUGCCCUUACUGGUGGCCAUGUCCUGUUUUGGAACCAUGAACAGUGGCAUCAUUUCAACACCUAGGAUGUUGUUUGUGGGAGCCAGGGAGGGUCAAUGGCCAGCUAUGUUUUCUAUGAUACACAUCCGAAGAAAUACACCAAUGCCUGCUCACUAA